AUGUUGCUCGACGAAGACCCCGGAACUCUCAUCCACCACACAAUCGGGAACUUCAACAUCCACCCCGAUAAACAAGCUGUCACACGCAUCAAUGACUCGCUCUCCACACUGCAGCAGGCGCGUGACCUGCGCAUUCGCGAGGCCGAGUCCUCCCUGCGCAAGCUCUCACGCCAUCUGAAUUCCCUUUCCACACAGCAUGAGGAAGCCGUAGCGGUUCACGAUUCGGGUAAACACGCGGAGGAGAUUGUGGAAUUGGACACCAAGAAGUUUCGCAUCGCUAAGGCUGCAUCGGAACUCGAGAUUGAGAGUGAGCGUCUGGAAAGUGAGCUGGAAAUGCUCAAAGAGCGACUGGUCGACCUAGAGUCUCAAGGCCUCGAGGGUGACGAAACGACACGGCGAGAGCGCGAGGCCGAUGAUGCGACAAUCCUACGACUCAAGAUCUUCCGCUCUCUCGGUGUUGAUAUCGAGCCCGAUGAGGCGGGUAACUUCAACCGCGCGGUCAUUCGUAACAGCCGCAAGGGUGAUGUUCAUGUCGUCAAUAUCGAUCCGAAAUUCUCCCGCUUCUUCUACGCAAAUUACUUCUGGUCGACGAUGCAAGGAUGA